AGAUGUUAUAAGCCUCUUGUGCGGGCUCCUCACGGAUUUAAUAAUAAUCAUCAACAACAUUAAUUUUCAAAAAAAAAACAAAAAAAACUAUCAAACAGUUGAAAAAAUUAAUUGAAAAUCUUAACCAAGUUCACGUAUUUAUAAAGAACCGUCGUCAAUCGUCUCUCUCUCUUCCUUAUAAGUUAUGAUCUACGAAUAAUGUGUUCGGUGAAGUUGCGAUAGAAUCCUUCAACUUUUGGCAACAGAAAUACUGAAAGGUUUCGGCUGCGUUGAAGUUGUUCGACGACCCGACAUGAUGGAAGGUUCCAGGUUUGGCAGCUCGUUGAAGAUACACAACUCCAGUUGGAUUCUCGUGCUAUUCAUCGUCUUCAGUGCUGUUGUACCAACAUUGACGUUGAGGUGCUACCAGUGUGGCCAAUACAACGACGGAGUCGGUUCCAUCACACCAUGUAUAAACUACACUGAAAGACUCCAUCUCAAGGACUGCCCAGCUAAACUAUCACAAAACUGUAUCAAAUACGUGAGCGAGGGCAGCACAGUUCGCGACUGCGCGGCAGAAUGCGUGGAAAAAGGUGAAGCAUGGGGCACGAAGAUCUACUGUUGCCGUGAGGACGGGUGCAAUCGAGGAGUGAGUCAGCAGACGGUGCACUUGUGGACAGUUCUCGCUCUCCCUCUCGCCGGCGUCUGUCUCUCUUCGCUGCUCACGUCGCAGCGUCGACUCAACUGAGAUCAACACAUCCGAGGGAGUCGUCUCAAUUGAGAUCAACACAUCUGAGAGAGAGUCAUCUCGAUUGAGAUCAACACAUCUGAGAGAGAGUCAUCUCGAUUGAGAUCAACACAUCUGAGAGUGUACUCUCAAUUGAGAUCGCACAUCUGAGAGUGUACUCUCAAUUGAGAUCGCACAUCUGAGAGUGUACUCUCAAUUGAGAUCGCACAUCUGAGAAUGCAGUCUCAAUUGAGAUCGGCACAUCUGAGAGGGUAGUCUCAAUAUUGAGAUCAACACAUCUGAGAGAGUCGUAUCAAUUGAGAUCAACACAUCUGAGAGGGUAUUCUCAAUUAUUGAGAUCAGCAUUUCUCAGAGUUUAGUCUCAA